AUGGCGGUCGCUCAGCAAAAGUCCAAGCCGGCUGCAAAGCCAAAUUCGGCCCCGAAAGGAAAGAUGCAGAUGCAUAGACGGUCGCGUACAGGCUGCUACACAUGCAGACUGCGACGAAAAAAGUGCGACGAGGGCUCUCCGUCCUGCACUGCCUGCAAACAUCUCGGGCUCCGAUGCGAAUACAAGAGGCCCAUGUGGUGGAGCAACAAUGAUCAGCGCCGGCUGCAAAAAGACAAUAUCAAGAUGAUCAUUAAGAGGAAGAAGCUCACCGAGAAGACCACCUCUGCCACCAACCAAGUCAUGGACACCGGUGCAGAAACUCCCCCUGGGCUGUCACAUUCUCUACCAACUUCGGCUACUUUUUCCGAUCCUCUUGAUCGCACUCGGUCAGCAUCAAUCGACUCCCAACUGUCACUCUUCGACUUCAAUGCACCGCCACACAUCGCCGACUACACAGCCUACAAUGCGCAAAUGCACUCAUCUCAUUCACAAUAUGCUUCAAUGUACCCAGAAUUCUCCCCUUACGAAAUCGACGUCAAGACAGAGCGACAAAUGUUCGUCAACGACAUUCCCACCCGCCGCGAGUCGACAAUUUCAACGUUCAGCACCUACCACCCACCCCCGCCUCCUGAAGCGAUGCUGCCAUCAUUUCCAGUCGACAACGAGUGGGAUGUCACGUACGACGAGCGGAGGGAAUCUCUGUCGGAAGAGACUCUGAACACAAACCUCUUUGAUUUUUGCCACGGUCCUCCCACGACCGUUCGCCAAGUUGCUAUUGAGCUUGACGAGGGCGAUCAGCGACUACUUGAUCACUUUGUCUCCGAUGUUCUUCCUACAGUCUUCCCAAUUCUUGAGACGAAUCAGCACGGAUCUGCGAGAACGGACUACGUUCUGCCCGCUCUGCAAAGCAACAAAUGUUACCUGCACUGCUGUCUCAGCAUUGCGGCCCAACACUGCAAAGCCACGCUGAACAUCCAAGGCGAGCAAAUUGACAACGACAUCAUGCGCCAUCGAUAUGCCACAAUCUCAGAACUCUGCGAGGCGCUCAAUCGCGACACCAAUCAUUCUGAGAUUUUGGAAGCAACCCUUGCGAUGAUCUUCUUCCAAUGCUCUGUUGGCAGACUCGACGACUCUCUCCCAGAUAUCCCAUGGCACCAACAUUUCCAAGCCGCCAUCUCUUUGGUACAAAAACUCGAACUCAAUCGCAUGGUAUCAGAAUCACAUGAUCUGAUGUCCUUCAAUAUGACGCUCACAUCGUGGAUUGACAUUCUCGGAUCAACCAUCCAAGGACGCGCGCCAACUUUCGCCCACACCUAUCGCGAAAAGCACCUCUCGCCAACCAAUUCGUCGCUCGGACUUCGCGAACUCAUGGGUUGCGAAGAUCGUGUCAUGUAUCUGAUUUCCGAGAUUGCCUGUCUGGAAGCUCUGAAGAAAGACGGCAUGGACGAUAUCCAACUUUGCCAACACGUCCACGCUCUCGGCGAUCAGAUUGGCUUGACCGAGAUCGGAGACCCUGGACCAAAGAUCCCAUUCAACGCCAACGGUGUUCUCAGCCCAAAGCAAUUGAGCAAGAACAUGACUGCUGCUUUCCGAAUCGCUGCACGGAUUUAUUUGUGCAGUCUUGUCCCGGGUUUCUCUCCGAGUCAAGCGAGCUGUGUCGGCUUGGUUUCCAAGCUCACUCAAGCGCUUGAAUUUAUCCCUUCUGGCCAAGUUGGGUUCGAUCGCAGUCUCGUGUGGGUAUAUCUCAUCGGUGGAUCGGUCAGCACAAUGGACUCUCCAUUCCGCUCCUUCUUGGAAGAGCGCUUGUUGGCUCUCGGCGAUCUGGCAAAUUUUGGCAGUUUCGGCCGUGUUGCCUGCCUCUUGAAGGAAGUCUGGUCGCAUGUUGAUGGACGCUUAAGUCCUGGUGGAGGUGAAGCACACUACGUCUCCUGGAGAGACGUUAUGCAGAUGAAGGGCUGGGAUUUCUUGUUGAUCUAG